GAGCUCAGCCAGUGCUGGCAGAAAAAUUGUGGAAUUAUGAAGAUUACACAUGUGGAACAUACUCGAGCAAUAUGGUCAACGUUCUGCCGUGCUCCUCGUCAUGAGGUGGGGGCGUUCAUGCGGAGCGGACCAUCAGGACCCUGUUGACGGACUUGCACAGGUCUCAGGAUGAACACGAGACAGAGAGAGACAGAGACAGAGAGAGUCAACGAGCUGGGUAGUCUAGUGACAGCUCCCCCAUGGCCAGGAUACUUAUAACAGCCGUGUACCCGGGCACAAAGAAAAUGUCGUCGGAAGUUGGAUGAGAGCACGAUUCGAUCCGAGAUUUUGGACAUCAGGUUGAUUUGACUGUGGAGCCGCUGUGGUGGUCCGCGUCCUGCACCUUCGGAUGCAGAUGUGAGCUAUAUUGCGGAGAUCAUUCCUGUGGAGGUGGCAUAUCGUCUUUCAGCCAUUGCUUGGUCCGGGUGUUCCUGAAGCACUCAGCUGAACAUCUGCAUCGUUACAUGUUCUUGUCACUGCCUGUACCUCGAUUCCCGGAACGAAUUGCGGGUCUCUGCGCACAGAUGAUCACUGAGCUUCUGGAAUUCCAGUUGUGUUGCUGUAUCCAAUCUCUGGGAUAGGCCUGGCCAGAAUAUCUUUGACAUGGCUGAUUCUUCUCCUGCUCCUUGGAGGAGCGCCAGCUCCAGAGAGCAGCCACUGUACCCUGUAAGCACACGUACCCAUCCGGAUGAGUUUCCCCGCAGCAGGAGUUAUGGACCGGCGUCUGAUCGACAUCCUGGUGCGUAUAGAGGAGGUUCCACCGAGGGACUCAUUUCGAUGUCUGGGCCUCUGUUGUCUCGGAGGACAUUCGCUGAUCAUUCGAGACCACCUUUGAGGACCCGUCAGAGCAGCUUCACCGAAGCUAUGGAAGAAGCUAUUGCAGUGGAGAUUGCCCGCAGCGAGAGCACCUUAGAUCCUACAGACAUAUUACCAGAGUCGCUGGGUGAAUGGCAAGAAAAGUCAAUGGGUGUGCAAAUGAUGAAGAGGAAUCACAGUCUUAUGACAUCCAGAAGACGCUCGAGUUCUCAAAUUUCGAUGGGCUCCAUGUCCAUGUCCUCGAGGUACAUAGAUGACGGGAGAGCUAUACCGGAUUCUUCUGCCGCAUUCACUAAGGAUGAGUUGUAUUCUGCUCCACUUGACGGGCCCAGGCACAUGUACAGACUCGGAGAGACGGCAUUUGCAGCAGGUCCAGAUGAAAAGGGACCCAGUGGCGAGGAUAGCAAAGGCUCUGUCGUGGACCUCCCGGAAGAUUACUACUCCGCUUUAAGUGUUGCUCCUCAAGCUACUCUUAUCCAUUUAGUCAGGCUAUACCACAAAGCACUCCUAGAUCAUGGACUGAGUGAAGAUGCUCAGAAGAUUUCUGAUGUCUUGGCGGAUUUGGAAGCUGCGGAUGAGGAGGAAGCGGACAUGGAACUCACCGGCCUCGACCUGCUUUUGAAGAAUGGACUUCUGAAGUACUUGAUGAGCAUCAAUCCUUAUCUGAUUCCGAUCCCCUCCCAGGUGAUCAAAUUCAAAAACCUAAGCUGCACCAAAGCGGUCGCGCUCGAUCCGGGGUACGAGUCAAUUCGCACAAAGAUUGUUUCCUCUUUAAAAGGACCUUUCAAGGAGGCUAGUGUGCAACAGGUGCAGCUAAUGAAAAAUGUAACGGGAUAUGUCAUGCCAGGAACUCUUACUCUUAUUUUGGGGCCGCCAGGGUGUGGGAAAAGCAUUAUGCCACAAGUUUUAGCAGGUCGGCAUGAAGGACCACCAAAGAAUCUCGAGGGAAUGCUGACCUACAAUGGCAAAAAUGUGAGUGAAAUCAAUCAUCACCGUUUGGUGACCGUGGUUGAACCCCAAGACUUCCAUCUGCCCACCCUGACUGUAAAGGAAACCUUGCAAUUUGCCAACGAAUGCACUCAGUAUCUAAAGCCAAAAGAUUACCAGGACCAAUUAAGAGAGAUCAUGGGGGAGUCACUCAAAUUGGGCCAGGACCCUAAGCUGGAAGCAGGAUUGAGUAUGUUAGGUCUGAAACGUGUGGUGGACAAACCUAUCGGAAGUGCUAUGUCGCCCACUCUCACCGCCAAUGAGGUUCAUCGAGUAUCUGUUGCUGAAGCGAUGGCGGGUACUUAUGCCGUUUACGUGUACGACCAUUUUAACAGCGGAAUAGACGACCCUCUUGCGUUCGAUUUGCUCACUGCUAUAAGGAUAUACACCAGAGUUCGGGGAACUUCUGUUAUUGCCACAAUGGUCCAACCGUCUUCAGAGUGUGUGGAGCUUUUCGAUCGCAUCAUCCUUCUGAACCUUGGUGUCGUUGUCUAUCAAGGUCCAAGGCAGGAUGCCCUCCCUUAUUUUGAAAGCCUUGGUUUCUUCAAACCAAAACACGUGAGCAUUGCUGAAUUCUUAGAGGAAGUGACAACGUCUGAUGGACUACAAUACUUGCAGCCAGGAUUUCAGAGACUUGAUUUGAAUGGCUUCGAGACUGCCUACAAAAAUUCAGACGCAUACAAGGAUGUUUGUAGAGUAGUUGACAGCCCGGAACUUCUUCACCAGUACUGGGUGCAGGGUUCUCAGCCUUGGGGAGUAACUUUUGCAAAGAGUGAGGCAGGAAAAGAAGAUGAAUCUCCGAUCACUGUUGUAGAAUCUGUUAAUGAGAAAGAAGGAAGUCUGACAGAGAUAUCUAUGAACCACACGGCGUCCGUGAGGAAAGAUGAUACGCUAGUUGCCACUGGAGGACUGAAAGGGCAGCUGGAGUAUGUGAAACUCAAUCCUUCUAAGCUCAGUUCUUUCCUUGAAGAACCUCCGGAGACGGCCAGGUUGCAGUUGGAGAGACCUCAUACAAAUUGGGAGAAGAAAAUGAAUCAACCUCAGUUUCAGCGAAAGUACGUGCAGGACUGGUGGCCAGAGUUUUGUCUCUUAUUCAAGCGCGAACUUACAAUGAAAUGGCGUAACAAGCUUAGUCUUAUCAUUCGUUUUAUUCAGGUUUUGAUACUCGCCUUAUUUAUGGGCUUCUUGUUCUUUCGAAUAGAGAGGCUCCCGGAUUCAUUGGAUAUGAGCCAGUUUCGUGGUGUCACCUUCAUAACUAUACUCGACAUGACACUAUUCAGCAUGGGGCAACUUCCACUUCUUUUCCAGGAACGACCUGUUUACUACAAACAGCAAGGGGCCCAUUUUUUCCGUCCAUCUACGUAUCUUUUCGCCAAGAUAUUUGGUAGUAUACCAUUUUCUCUUGCUGAGGCAACAACGUGGACAGCUUUAGUCUACUUCCUCACGAACUUAUCCAUCAGCGAAGGAGGUUGGAAUUUUUGGGUAUUCUACGUUGUUAUCAUUCUUACUGUCAUGCAUGGAGCUGCCGUGGUACGCUGUUUGAGUGCGUUGCUCCCUGAUCUAGCAGCUGCGGGUGGUGUUCUCGGUCUUUUGGUCGCAAUCUUCAUUCUCUUCUCAGGGUUUCUGGUUCCUCGUGAUAUUGUUCCGAAGUACUGGAUCUGGGCGUUUUAUAUCGAUCCCUUACAACAAGCUAUAACCGCUUUGCUUAUCAAUGAGUUCAACUCUGAGAGCUACAAGGUGCUCUGCCGAGAUGUGCCGGACUUGACGAAGAUUGGCCAGUGUAUCGGCUUGCCCGACGAGACUGUUGGGCAUGCUUUCUUACUACGAUUGCAAUUUUACACCGAAAAGAAGUGGAUCGGGGUUUCGAUCGCUGUGAUGGUUGGCUGGUUGAUAAUGUGGAGUUUGAUCAAUUACUUGGCUCUUGCCAAAAUCAGGCACAGGGCAAUACCAGCCAUAGCCCCGAUCGGAGUGGAGAAGUAUCAAAGAUUUUCAGAAGACCAUGAUCUGGAGCAGGCGACUGAUUUCCCUACUCUUAAGCUAUCCUUGGCUCCGGUACCAGUGACUUUAUCUUGGCAUGAACUAAGUUACAACAUUCUGAUUCCAACCAUUCGUAAGGAGAUCAGCAUCCUGCAUUAUGUUUCAGGCUGGGCUGCACCAGGAGACAUGGUUGCCUUGCUUGGAGCUGCAGGUUCAGGAAAGACAACCCUUUUGAAUUGCCUAGCAGGGCGGAAAGUAAAAGGGCGAAUGGGUGGUCAAAUUCUGGUAAAUGGAUAUCCUCGCGUGCAAGCUGCCUUCAACCGCGUCGUUGGAUCUUGUGAUCAGCUGGAAGCCUAUUCAAUUUUCAUGACUGUGAAAGAAGUGGUGGCAUUUAAUGCUGCACUUAAUCUUGAGAAAACGACGACCCCUGAGCAACGAAGAAAGUUUGUAGACGAGAUCAUACUGCUGGUGGGGCUAAAACGAGUUGAGAACAAUCUAGUCAAGUCACUGGGGACUAUCUACUUGACGAUGGCUGAGGCUAGACGAGUUACGAUUGCUGCCGAAUUGGGGCGAAACCCAAGUGUAUUAUUUAUGGAUGAGCCGUUCAAGGAGUUGGACAGUUCUUCAUCUCUGCAUCUGGUGCAAACCUUGAAGCACAUUACAAACACGGGAAGAAGUAUAAUUGCUGCAGUACAGAAUCCCAGUCAGAGAAUUUUCGGCCACUUCUCAAGCGUACAAAUAAUGAAGCGCGGAGGCGGAGAGCUGGUCUAUUUUGGUCCUGUGGGGAAAGACAGUGAAUACGUGCAGGCUUACUUUGAAACCAUACCAGGAACACGCUUCUGUGCGCAGAGGACGUCCAUAGCUUCGUUUGUUCUGGAUGUAAUCGGAGAUGGGACCGCAGAGCGCACAGCUUCCAGGGACUACGCGUUCGAGUAUCGCACCAGCGAUUUGGCUCUGCACAAUCACAUCCAGCUGCAGCGAGUGAAGCGCUCGAAGGGGGUGCUGGGACCCGAGGUCACAGACACGAGUCUCGGAGCAUCUUUGAGGACCAAUGGAAAGUACGUCUUCCAAAAGAUGCAGAAAUACUACUGGAGAAACGUCCCUUACAGCUGGGGGAGAAUUAUCUCCAGCGGGAUGAUCGCAGUGCUGCUCGGCUCCGUGUACUUCAACAUAGGCUACCACACGACCCUCCUGAUGAACGUCCGGGCCGGCAGCCUUUACAUCGCCACCCUGCUCCUCGCCAUGACCAACGUCAACGCUGUCCUCCCCCAGUUCCUCGUCCAAAGGCAGAACUACAACCGGGAGAAGGCCAGCGCACAAUUCAAUCUGGCCUUUUAUGGCAUGAGCUGGACCUUCGCAGAGUUUCAGUACCUCGGAGUGGCCACGUUGGUGAAUUCAGCCAUCUUCUGUCUCAUGACGCAGAUGGCCGUCGACAGCGCUGCUGAUUUCUUCCAGUACUGGUUCGUUGUUCUCGAGCUGACGGUGGCCCUCACUUUCAUGGGACUUCUGAUCGCCUCAGUCUGCGUCGUGCCCCAGGUUGCCGGGGUGAUCGUGACGAUAAUGAUCGGAGCCUGGACGGGGACGUCCGGCGUGGUGAUACCGAAGAAGAGGAUCCCGCCUCAAGCGGUGUGGAUAUUCUGGACGAAUCCCAUUCAGUACGCACUGAACAGUCUGACGUCGCUCUCGUUCUACUGCGACGUGGACGGCGCCAGGUGUUUGAACGGCGGCCUGAACCCCAGCUGCGCGACCGACCCGCUGGCGUGCACGCAGUGCAAGUGUCCGCGUUUGAGCGAUGCGAACAACGCAUUCGUGUGGACCACGUUGAAAGAUAACCGGACCUUGAAGAAUGACCGGAUCGGCCUUGAUAUGGUUGCCCUUUUGGGGUUCAUCGUCCUCUUCCGCUUCCUCACGCUCAUGGGCUGGCGAUGGCGAGACGCACGGGCAAACCGGAAGAACCUGUAGGCCCUCGUAGCCACGCUUUGUAAUAUGUUGUGAAAUAAAACCAUUUUUUUCCUCGCGCCACUCGAUGAGCCGGU